AUGGGCCAAGUGGGAAUCUCUUAUGGAGUUCUCCAUCAUGGUCAAACAGUCCUUGCAAAGGGCUACGGGUAUCGUGAUGAAGAAAAGAAGAGACCGGCGGACGAAAAUACGCUUUACAACAUCGCAUCAUGCACCAAAGCUUUCACAGCUUCAGCUUGCACUCUUCUGGCUAACGAAGGACUAAUAGACCUUGAUGCCCCGGUACAGACUUACAUAUCGGAGUUGAAAGAAGAAAGAGCAACCCUCGUCGAUCUUCUGGCACACGAAACUGGCUAUGCACGACUUGAUAUGAGCUGGGUGGGCCAACGCAGCGAGGUACUUGUUUCGCACGACGAACUGAUCAAGAGAGUCAACUCAUUACCAAGAGUACGACCCUUGAGAUACGAGUGGCUUUAUAACAACUGGAUGUACGCUGUUGCCGGCGUCGUUAUCCAGAGAAGGAGCAAGGAAGCCAAUUACCUUGAAUUCAUGAAAAACCGUAUUCUCAAGGAGUAUGGCUUGGACAGAACUUGUAUCAAGCAAGAGGACAUACCAGACUCGAACAUCAGCCUGGCAUAUGCCGCAUCGAGGACAGCAAAGCCUAUCCGGAUAGCCGAGCCACCAUGGGAAGAAUCUCCUUUCACACCUGGCGGGGGCAUCCGGAGCUGCGUUUCUGACAUGCUAAAGUGGGGUCAACAGUUGCUGGAAGCCUACGCAUACGAAAGGAAGCAUCGCACCAUGUGCCGUCCUCCUAGUAUAUUUGACCCGCAGAUGAUUCUGCCACGAAACAUCUCAUAUGGCGAGCUGGAACGCUCCUAUGGGAUGGGAUUUAUGAGGCUGAUGCUUCCAUCGAGGCUGAGCAUUGGGGGCCGCAACAACGCCGUUGCCAGCGAUGUUCCAAUUCCACCUAUCGGCAACCCCAAUACUCACACGCUGGCACUAUCCCACUGUGGAGAGAACGCCGGUGCGUUGUCGUCCUUCGUCCUCAUCCCUGAGCUGGACACUGCCAUCGUGGUCCUCGGAAACACUACAGCCUUGGGAGAUGCCAACGAACUGAUCACCCAUGUGCUGGCAAGUCAGGUUGUCGAUCCCGACGCCACUGCGGCUGUGGAUUACGAGGCUCUGGCAGAGAGCCUCGCGGAGAGAUGCAAGCAUUGGCAUCAACGUGUUCUCGCAGAUCCUUUGAAAGAGCAUCAAGUGAGCGGCACAUCCCAUGGUCCACUUUACGAGUAUGCUGGCGCCUAUCGUGAACCGAAACUAGAGAUUCCCAUGAGCGUCAGCCUCGAAAAUGGCCAGCUGAUUCUCCACCAAGGAGGGAAGACGUCCCAAAGAUCGCCACUGCGCCAUUAUCACUACGAAACGUUCCAGUUCGUCACUGAGUCCUAUGACGAACAUAUGAGCUUGGGUAUGAUUGAUUACGAUGAUUGGCGUGUGAUGUUGGUGCAAUUCGAGAGGGACUUCCUGGGCGCCGUCAUUGGUCUGAAGUGGUGGCUCGAUGCAGAUCUUCCUCCCGCCUUUCUGCAGAAACAGGCUUGA